AUGUCGUUUCGGUUUGAUCGGAGCGUUUUUGAGAGUGCCGAUUUUAAUGAGCGGCUCAGAGAGCGGCUCACCGGUGCUCUGAAUCCUAAGAGUCGCAGACAUGUGGAGCGUGCAGAUGAGGCUGGCAAUGAGGAUGAUAGCAGUGGUCAUCAAAGGAAGAGCGGCGGGUCGCUAGAUAUUUUGAAGAAUGACAUUAUAGUGGAAAAAGUUGAUUUCUCAAGGAUACCCAACUUGGAGAUUCUGGAUCUGGAUGUAGGACUAGGUGUUUCCUCUAUAAGUAGCGGUGGUGGGGGUUCUUCAAUGAUGAAAGGUAUAUGUAAAAUCUCUAUUGAAGGAGCGAUGUUGCAAGUACGGACUGUGAUUGAGUCAAAUCUGUUGAUGUUGAGCAUGGCUGACUCGCCUGAGUUUGUGACGCCAACUUUGAUUACAAAUGAUUCAUUCAGCCUGCCGAUAACUAUGACUUUCAGUAAUAUUAAGAUGGAAGCCAUAUCUAAGGUAUUCUUUGUAGCACGCAAUUCAGGUAUAGGUAUCUCCUUCGAUGAUGUUGUGCUUGACUUUAAGUUUGAUUGUUCCAUCAAAAUUUUACAAACAACCAUAGAAAAGAGACUCAAAAGAGCGAUGGAACUCUUGUUUAAGGAUACAUUACCCACAGCCUUGUUUAAUAUGUCACAGAGUUGGUUCACGAACUCAGAUGGCUCAAGAAGUUCUGCGAAGCAUAAGAAGGACACAUGUGAUGAGAAUAAUCAGCCAAGUGCUCCUAAGAUAAUAUUUGAAGAUGCUGACCUGCAAGAAUUAUCACCGGCAAACAUGCUACGGCUGUCCACCUUGGUAUCUUCAAGACAAACUUUAUCACUACACUCGACUGUCUCCAGUACACUUUCGCUGAUACCCGGCUGUUUGGAAAGACAAAAUCUGUAUAGAUUUAUCUCCAGGAUGCCUUCCUUAAGUAAUUACUACUCUUCCUAUGUUGAUCAUAAGAAGGAAAGAGCUGGCACCCCUUCAUUGCUAAUGAAUAAGAGACCAUCUGUAGAUUACCUAUUGAGGAGGUCAUCAUCGUCUGGAAAUAGUUUAAUGAGUAGUCAAGCUUACUUCGAUAAAGAGUCCAAUCUACUGCCAAUGGAGGUUCUUGAAGAGAAUGCAUAUGACUUAGAUGUUAUAACCGACAUCCAAAACAAACUAUACAUGAGAAGUACUGAUCACGAUGAACAAGUAAACCAUACUAAACCAAGAAGAAGAAAGAUAAAGAUAGGUAAGAAUAAGAAAGAUAAGCCGGCAUACAAAGAGGAAAUAGAACAACAAGAACCUGUUCAAAGUACAAUUACAGUUUCAAUGCCGUUUGAAGAACCACAGAUUAUUAUUGAGCAUAAUGAUGAAACUGAGGCUGUUAAAGAAGAAAGAGAAUCGGUACUAUCUUCUCCUAAGCUUAUCAGGUCUACUAUGGAUAAGACGUACACUAAUUCCCGUAUUUUGAAUACAUUAUUACAAAAAAAUGGAAACCUAUUAGACGAAGAAACAAGGUUAAGAGCACAGAGUAUUGACUCCGUGGCUCAUACAAAAAUGGGUUACCUAUUGGGACUAAAUCAUAUUGCUACACCGCCACCACCACCAUAUUAUUGA